UAAAUAUAUUUAUUUACAAAAACGGUGUCGUAUAAGGGCUCUCAUCAUCACCAUCAUAUCAGUUGUUACAGGCACUGAGUUCUGUUCUUCUGCAUCUGAAGAAGAAGAAGAAGAAGAAAGUUGAUGAUUUCAGAUUGAAGAAGAAUGGGUUGGGGAUGGACCAUAUACGAAGGAGUAGUAAGCUUAGGUUCCCUAUGGCUACUCGGUUGGGCUGGUCUCUGGUUCUUGAACCAAAGACUUUACAAAGAGUACGAAGAAAAGCGUGUAUUGGUUCAGAUCAUCUUCAGCGUUGUUUUCGCUUUCUCCUGUAAUCUUCUCCAGCUUGUUCUCUUCGAAAUCAUUCCAAUUCUAUCAAAAGAGGCUCGAUGGUUGAAUUGGAAGAUCGAUCUUUUCUGUUUGAUACUCUUGUUGGUCUUCAUGUUGCCUUAUUACCAUUGUUACUUGAUGCUCUGCAACAACGGAGUGAGAAAGGAAAGGGCUGCUCUUGGUGCUAUAUUGUUUUUGUUUGCUUUUCUUUAUGCAUUUUGGCGUAUGGGCAUUCACUUUCCUAUGCCUUCUCCUGAUAAAGGUUUCUUUACCAUUCCUCAAUUGGUCAGUAGAAUUGGGGUCAUUGGUGUUACUGUUAUGGCUGUUUUGUCUGGUUUUGGAGCUGUUAAUUUACCCUACAGUUAUCUAUCUCUCUUCAUUAGAGAGAUUGAAGAAUCAGAUAUUAAGGCAUUGGAAAGACAACUAAUGCAAUCAAUUGAGACUUGCAUUGCAAAGAAAAAGAGAAUCGUUCUUGGUAAAAUGGAGAUGGAGCGUAUUCAGGGCUCUGAAGAGAAAUUAAAAGCUAGAUCCUUCUUCAAACGAAUUGUUGGUACUGUUGUCCGAUCUGUGCAAGAUGACCAGAAGGAGCAAGAUAUUAAAGGUAUGGAAGCAGAGGUACAAUCGUUGGAAGAGCUUUCAAAGCAACUCUUCUUGGAAAUCUACGAGCUUCGCCAAGCAAAGGAGGCUGCUGCUUAUUCUCGAACUUGGAGGGGUCACAUGCAAAAUUUACUCGGAUAUGCAUGUUCGGUUUAUUGUGUUUAUAAGAUGAUAAAGUCUUUGCAAAGUGUUGUUUUUAAGGAGGCUGGUUCAGUUGAUCCCGUGACUAGGACAAUCACCAUAUUCUUGCAGUUUUUUGACAUUGGAAUUGAUGCCGCGUUGUUAUCACAGUACAUUUCGCUUUUAUUCAUUGGAAUGUUGAUUGUUAUCUCCGUACGUGGAUUUUUGACAAAUCUAAUGAAGUUCUUUUUUGCAGUUUCCCGAGUCGGGAGUGGAUCUUCAAGUAAUGUUGUACUAUUUUUAUCUGAAAUUAUGGGGAUGUACUUUGUGUCCUCCAUUCUUUUGAUAAGGAAAAGCUUGGCAACUGAUUAUCGGAUCAUAAUAACGGAUGUACUGGGUGGCGAUAUUCAAUUUGACUUCUAUCACCGGUGGUUUGAUGCAAUCUUCGUAGCUAGUGCUUUCCUUUCAAUACUUCUACUUUCCGCACACUACACAUCUCGACAAGCUGAUAAACACCCUAUUGAUUAGCUAACACGAUUCAAUUCAGUGUCCAAGCAUAUGGAAAUUAUGCUGGUACUCACAUUGAUGUAAUUUCCGGUGAGUGCAUCCAAUCCAAUCUUUAAAUAGAUCAAAACCGAAUGAAACUUAUGUUUAUGUCAUUGUCUAUUAGUCCAGUGUUUUAAGGAUUUGAUCUAUAAAUUUCCCUUUUUUUGUAUGUGGAAAGUGAAACAAAACAAACUGGUGAGCCAAUUAUUACCAUCCCUGUUGUUAAUUUUGUGUAUUAUUAAGUCAGCCAAUUGUAAAUAUUACAGAUUACAGUAGAGAGUUUUAGUAAGAUUUCAAGUUCCAAUUUUUCAGAAUGUUGUGUUUGAGUGAGUAUAUGGGAAUGAACUAGGAGUUGUGUUGUUGAAUAUUAAGAAGGAUUGUUUUGUGUUAUGCCCGUCUUUAAGGUAGGGCGGCCUGUUGCGUUUCGUGUUCUUGCUGUUUGUAAAAGACUUUAUGUAUAAAUAUGUGUAAUGAUAUGGAUUUUCUU